AACACAUAACCCCGCACCACUUCUAUUUUACACGCGCCACUGCACUCGCCUUCCCCGGAGAUUUACCCUUUGCAUGGCAGUGAGCUUUCUGGCGCGUGAGGUAUCGGACCUCUGCCUUGGGAAGCCGCCGUUGAGGUCGCUGUCGGCUUCGACCACCUUGAGCGACGCCUUGGCGGCGUUGAAGAGUUCCGACGAGAGCUUCAUAAGCGUGUGGAAUUGCGAUAGCGAGAAAGAGGGUUGUUGCAGAUGCGUGGGGAAACUGUGCAUGGUUGAUGUUAUUUGCUUCCUUUGCAAAGAGGAGAGUCUCUUGUCUCCUUCUUCUGCUCUUAAGGAACCAAUUUCUUCUAUUCUCCUUAAGAUUCCUUCUCUCGUCGUUCAUCUCGAACCUUCGUCUAGCUUGUUGGAAGCUAUUGAUCUUAUACUCCAAGGAGCACAGAAUCUUGUGGUACCAAUCUUACCAACAAAGAGGAGUGGUAUUUCAAGAAGAAAACAGCAUCAGAAGCCGUGCCACAAUGGUCGUGAAUUCUGCUGGUUAACCCAAGAGGAUGUGAUCCGAUUCCUGCUUGGUUCCAUUGGACUCUUCACACCACUCCCUGCUCUAUCUAUUGACUCUCUUGGGAUUAUUAGCUCAGAUGUUCUUGCCAUUGACUAUUACUCCCCUGCAUCUUCUGCAGUUGGAGCCAUCUCGAAGUCCCUUAUCCAACAAACUUCUGUUGCUAUUGUUGACUCUGAUGGGACUUUCAUUGGGGAGAUAUCACCCUUCACCCUUGCUUGUUGUGAUGAGACUGUGGCAGCGGCUAUCACCACCUUAUCUGCAGGGGACUUGAUGGCCUACAUUGAUUGCGGUGGCCCUCCAGAAGAUCUUGUGAGAGUGGUGAAGGCAAGGUUGAAGGAGAAGAAUUUGGAGAAAAUGCUGCAAGAGUUUACAAUUUUGUCAUCUUUGAUGGGUGACUCCUCAUCCUCAUCCUCAUCCUCUUCAUCUGAUGAGGAAUCAUCAACAAGGGCAUUGACAAGGUCUGGAAGGUACACAAGGUCUUCCAGUUACUCAGCCAGGAUGGUGAGGAAGGCUGAGGCCAUAGUGUGUCAUCCCAAGAGCUCAUUAGUUGCUGUCAUGAUUCAGGCAAUUGCUCACAGAGUGAACUAUUUGUGGGUUAUUGAAGAUGACUGUAGCUUAGUUGGCAUUGUGACUUUUUCUAAUAUGUUGAAGGUGUUUAGAGAACAUUUAGAAACUAUCUAGAUGCUUAGGAUACUGUGAUAAAGUUUUUGGCUUUGGAUGCUUUUGAGAAGCAUGAACCAAGGUCUAUGAACAAGACCCUUCUGUUAUGAAUAUUGCAAUGUGGCUAGGGAGGUUUGACUUUGUUUGCUCAAUUUCUGUGUGCUUCCCUUCUAAUAAAACUUCCUCCAAUGCAUUUCUUUGAAAAAGCCAGUUUUUCCUGCCUCAGUUUGCUUAAAAGUACUUCUCUCGAUAACUCUUUAUGCUAAUAAAAUCAAAUGACAUUGACGCAUUG